AUGGUAAAUGAAAUGCAGGAUACUGUAUUAAGUGAUGAUCCUACAAAUCUUAUCACUUAUCUAAGAAAACAAGUUGAAAUAAAAAUUGAUACUGGACAAGUUUACAAGGGAAAAGUUUAUACUAUUGAUCCAAUUACAAAAACAGUUAUAAUAACUGAAAAAUUCGAUGGUAAAGUGAAAAUAGAAGUGGUUACAGCACCAUCAAUUAAAGAAAUUCUAAUUAUUAAUGAAGAAAAGGAGGAUGAUAUUUGAAACCUCGAAAAUGUUUUUAAAUUUUUAAAAGUGUAUAACAACACCAACAAUUUCAAGAAAUUUAAAACUAUUAAUGAAGAAAAAGAAGAUAAUAUUUGACGGACACAUUAAGGUAGUUCCAACUGUUUAAGGUAGUUCACUCGUUAUAGUCAAAUCCCCAUUACAUUCGGUCAAAUUUGUUCAUAUUGUGACAUUUUGUAGAUCUUGUGGGCAUGAAAAUUGCUAAAUUUGCUAAAAGUCUGCUAAAAUCUACAAAAUCUAGCAAUAUG